AUGAGCUACGCAUAUUCUGGCAGCAACUCUGGGUCUUCCUCGAGGUCGCCCUAUUACAGCUCAUACGAUGAGUCGGACACUCGAACCAGGUCCGCCGUGUACUCGUACGCCCGUGAUUCAGUUGUGGAAACAAUUGAAACCGUGAAAUCUCGCUUUGGCUAUGGACGGAGGCCUCGGAAACUAAAAUCCUUCUGGCAAGAAGUCAGAUCAAGUUUACGCGCGGCUUUUUCUGUUGCCAACCUGUUGGUUGUCAUUUGGGUCUUCACGUUGUGGUGGGGCGAGCGGACGAUUUUCCAGGACAGGAUAUCAGAAUGCUUUUGGGAUUCAUGGGAGAAUUGGCCAGAAAAUGCUACACCUCACCACGCUGUGUUCAUAGCAGACCCCCAACUCGUUGAUCCUCACACAUACCCCGGCCGCCCGUGGCCCCUGUCAACCUUGACAGUGAAAUUUGCGGACCAAUAUAUGAGACGGGCGUUUUCGAUGAUUGAACACCAGCUUGUACCUGAUUCAAUUCUGUUUUUAGGUGACCUAUUCGACGGUGGUAGAGAAUGGUCCACUGCUAAAAGUACGAGUCCCUUGGAAGAGUACCAUAAAUAUGGCGAUAAGUUUUGGAUGAACGAGUACGAUCGCUUUGCAAAAAUAUUUUUCAACCAAUGGAAUCAGCCCCCUGUCCAUUCACCGGGAGAGGCCCGCGGCCGAAAGCUCAUCGCUAGUUUACCUGGCAACCAUGACCUAGGAUUUGGUACUGGAGUUCAAGCACCUGUCCGUCAACGGUUCCAAGCCUACUUUGGCCGAGGUAAUCGUGUUGACAUUCUCGGUAACCACACAUUUGUGUCCAUCGAUGCAGUAUCGUUAUCUGCUAUGGAUCAACCUGAUCCCAAAACAGGUAGUAGUGGGAUUGGAGCAGGUGAUGGAAAUCUCCCAAACGAGGAGAUUUGGGGCCCAACAGAGGACUGGCUCAGAGAAGUCAAAGAUAUAAAAGCACGGUUAGAGACCGAAGAGCUUCGCUUUCAACGCAACCAAAGCGAGGGAUUCCAAUUCAUUUCAGGAAUCCAAGAAACCUCAAAAGACACUGUCAUCCAUAAAACUGAGAUUGAAUCUCAAGGCCUCCCAACGAUUUUGCUUACACAUGUACCUUUAUAUCGCAAGCCAGCCACACCUUGCGGUCCUUUGCGGGAACGCUAUCCGCCGGCAUCUACAAACCCUCUACCUGAACAGGACGAGCGAAAUGCGCUCUCAAUCAGUGGCGGCUACCAAUACCAAAAUGUUCUUACUCCGACUGUUUCUAACGAGAUUGUCUCCAAAAUUGGCCCUGAAAUCUCUCAUGUAUACUCCGGUGACGACCACGAUUACUGUGAAAUUGUACACCGGGAAUUUAGUGGCUCUCCAAAGGAAAUCACUGUCAAAAGUAUUUCUUUGGCAAUGGGAGUAAGACAUCCGGGUUUCGUUAUGACUACAUUAUGGAACCCAGUCGAUUUGAAUACUGGGAAACAGCUCGAUGGUGCCCCGGUGACCACCAUUCAGAAUCAUCUUUGCCUCCUUCCCGACCAGCUUUCGACCUUUAUCCGCUACGGGCUGAUCUUCCUCUUCACUGUCGCUGUUCUACUAGUCCGGGCCAUGGUUAUUGCAUUUCGUUCAUUUGGGAAGUCUCCUGAGUACGAGCCCAUUCUCCCACUCACUGAGAAUGAACCACUACGCUCGCGUUCUGGGAGUACCUCGGUUCCGCUAUCUCUCAGCGUUACAAGUGCUACACAUGGAGGAGGUUCUCGACUAUCCAACCGAAAUUCGGCGCGUGAUCUUGCUAUAGACACGGCCAAGAACACUAUCGAUGAAGAUGUGUAUAACAGCACACAACGAUAUGAGGAGAUGAAAUACACCGACGACGACGAUAAAUGGAAGUCCAAGGUUUCUCUCAAUCGCCAGCCCGGUGGGCGUGGAUGUGUUGGCCCAACAUCUACCAUGGGGGUGUUUUGGAAGGAGCUAAAGAGCGGUUUUAUGCAUGUUGCUUUUUUGGUUUUCCCUUUUUACUUUUGGCUCAUCUUAACAUGGUAA